AUGGCUAUUUGCAAAUCAACUCGACCACUUUUCAAAGCAUACAUUCAGCAUCGAGAUGACGUUAGUCCUGCCGAGGCCGAAGCUUUGUGGCUUCUCCGCAGUGUCAUGAGCGUUGCUAUCUUUGGCAUCAUCCUACCAGGCAUUAUUCUGCGCACUGCACCGAGUGUCUCAUAUCCUAACAGUAUCAACCUUCACGCCGCCCAAAUCAGCGUUCUUUUUAUCUCCAUUGGUGCUUUCAUGAUAGGUCUAUCAGGGUCUCUGCGCUCCAUCACAGCAGCCCUUGUGGUAAAUACUCUCGGUGUUGCAACUGAUCUGAGCCUGCUUGCCUUUGCAUCGUGUGGCUUCAGCAGCUCCGAUGCAGGAACUGUCAUGAUGACUUUGGCAUCGAUCGAGAGCGCCGGAACAUUGCUCGGGAUCGGUGUUUUAUACCCGACCUAUCAGUGGAGUAUUAACGAAGACCUACCAUUUCUGGUUGGAGGCGUUCCUUACUACAUAUGUGGGUCUCUUUACGCCGUCACUGCCGUAAUUGUGUGGUCUUCAAGAACGAGAAGCCAAUCUACUGAGUCAUGA